CGAAUCGCUUCAAACGACCUGGUCUGCUGCGUGUGCACAGUUUAUUCACUCCUCUCACGCACAAGAAAGAGCAGAUCAAACGAAUGAGAGCACAUCCGCCCCGCCCGAUAGAUCUCUCUUCUCUCCUUCCACCGCUCUCUUCUCUCUUGUCGUCACUUUCUGUCGUGGUGUCUCUGUCUUGGCCUGAGAUCCCUCCCGGCUCGUCGGCAUCUGAUCCAUCAUCAGUCCCUUAAGUUCUCUGCGGCAGCGAAACGACUUCAUCUUAAAGCUUCUCUCUCUCGACGAUCAUGAAGGUUCUUCUGUGCCUUGUUGGCGCCGCCCUCCUGCCGACAGCCUUGCCUGUGUGCGCUGACCUCGGCGCGAAGUCAUCGCUGCGGGGCAAUGGGGCCGCCGCUGAUGCCGCCGUCGCUGAUUCGGGGCCGGUAGGGAACACGCAGCCCUCUCGGACGCCAUGCGCCUACUUGUCUGUCUGUCUGUCUGUCUUUCUGUCUGUCUGUCAGACCGUCCCCCCCGAGGAAGACCGCGGCGAGGGCGAGUCUGUGGAGGUUAUGGAGCUGCAAGACGAUGAAGAUGAGGUGGAUGAAGAUGAGGUGGAUGAAGAUGAGGUGGGCACCGGGCGCUAGCACAAACACACACGCACGCAUAAAUAUGUACAGAUACAAUGUACACACACUGGAGCUCUCUGUGUGCGGGGUGUGCAGGUUGAUGGUGAUGAGUCGGCUGUCGAUGAGCCUCAGCCACAGACCCCAAUCGGUGAGUGAGGCGCACAUCCAGUCACUGACAUUGACGAGCCGUCGGCUGUAUGUGCGUGUUCAUGGAUGUGUGUGUGCAGGUGAUCUGUCCCUCCGGGCGUUGCAGCGGACGCCAAGGUCGGCGCCAGCCAUAUUUGCGAUGGCGCUUGCCGGUGGGAAAUGCAACGGAAGACAUUAUGUCUAUUUGAGCCGCCACCCCAAGAUGAGCUACGCCCGAAGUCGCGCCCUUGCCGGUUGUAAAAAACAAUGCGCAAGGUGCGAGGUCCGCUGGGCGAAAGGCCGCACCGAUCGUCAAUGGUGCAUCGCAGUCGACUUGUACAAUGACCGUCGCGGCAUCAAGUUCGGGGAUGGGCCAAUCGCAUUAAACCCCAAAUACCACCGUGCCACUGCUGCCAUGAGAAAAACGUGCCACAAGCGAGGGAAACCCCCCAACUGCGACACACACAACCUUGUUGCAUGCGCCAACGACUAGUACCUGUCUGUUUGUGCCUGGCGGCGGCUGUCUGGUGUCGAUAAGGGAGUGACUGUCUGUGUCUGAACACAUCUAUGAACAGUUUUCAUCUAUAGCUGUUCUGUGUAGCUUCAAAUCUGUACAUAUUGCUUCCGUGAUCCUUUUGCGCUUUUGUCUGUCCGCCUGCCUCUCUGUCUGCCAUUCGUCCGGUUGUCUUGCAAUUGGAUGACAGGGCACUGUCUUUCGUCUCGUUUGCGUGCACGCAAUCUGCCUUGCCUCUCUCUCUCUCGAGCUCUCUUGAUACGUUUGUGUGUACAUAUAUGUGUCUGUGUGUGUGCGUGAAUCAUUUGCGCACGAGUGGGACGAUUAUCAUUCAGUGCAGAGUAAUCACUCUCAGAGUAAUUCGGGCCGUGCAAGUCCAUGUUUGUCCCAUGCACACAAUGUCAUGUACGCGACAGACAGACAGAGAACAAAGACACCACACACACACACGAUAGCCAUGCACCUGCACAUAUGCAGCACCCG